UUCUCAUUCGUAUUUCGUUUCUCGUAAGCUACAGAGCUCUUCUCCUUUUAAAAAUAUAAAAAAAAAAUUUCAGUGAAAAAUAAAAUUUUAAGUAAAAAAAUUUGUUUGUCUAGAAACUUUUAGUGAAUAUUUAUUUUUCGGUUUUUCGAGACAUUUCCGUAAAUGAUGAAUUUUUGCUCGGUGCCCUACGAAGCUGAUUACGGCAUGUAUGCCGAUUCAAAGAUGAAGAACGUGCCUCAGUACCCGAUGACUAUGAAUCCCGGCCAGGGUAUGGGCCAGCCCAUGCCCGUGCAGCCGCUGAACCCACCGCAAAUGAACCUUCAGAUGCCGAUGUCUUCGAGCAUGCCCCCAAUGUCAUCUUAUCCGGUGCAGGGCAUGCCGCUAGGCAUGAUGUCCGGCGGAGGCAACAGCGGCAUGACGCCCAUGUCCACAAUGUCCACACAGCUGCCAAUCGGAGCGAUGACGCCGCUAAGCAGCGUGACCAUGAUGCCCAUGGGCAAUGCCAUGGGCUCUAUCGAUGCACCCGGGAUCAAUGCCGUCAUACCCGACCUGCAGUCCAUGUCUGCGAUGGGACAGAUGCAGCCGAUGGGUCAGAUGCAGCCCAUGCAGCAGUACGGUGAUGCGGGAUCCAACACGCAGAUGCAUCAGGGUCGCUUUACAGGCGGCAGUGGUGGUCCCUCGUCGCCCUCGCAGGCCGGCGGCUGGAAUUCUAAUGCCAACAGCAGCGGCAAUAACGGCUACAACAUGUGGCAGUACACCCAGCCCAUGCAGUACCAGCAGCAGAACCAUAAUCAAGCCCAACAGCAGCAGCAGCAGCAUAAUCAUCAACAACAGCAGCAGCAACAUCAGGGACAGCGGAUGAAGUCCGGCUACGAUCUGCAACCCGUCAACUACCGGGAUGUGCGCAACGGCCUGAACACGCCAUCCAUGAUCGAGUCAUCAGCGAAGUUCAGCAAGAGCACCAAUUCAUUCAAUUGUGGAAAAGCAUCAAGCAAGGUCCCCCAUUGGCGAUGAUGGAGCUCCAGGUCCAUCUUAAGUUGAGUUUUACAGAUGUCCGCGUUAGUUUUGUGUUAAAUAUUCUUCCCCUACGCAAACAAAUACCCCUCACACAAUAACCCAAACGACACGAUCAACACUUUGGUGUGGAAUAAAAAUGGCUUACUUGUUUUAGCCAAGUUAAUUCCGA